UCAGUACAAUGUGUACACGUCAUACACAAUACCGUAUACGUACUACGCAGAAGAUGAGUUGAACCAGCGUUCGCCGUACCUUUGUCCAAGCUAUCCAAACGCGAAAAUCCCAUAAAUGGAUCGGGGAUCGAAGCGGCGGCAGGUGAAGCCUUUGGCUGACUCUUUGCUGGAUGCUCUGGAUUAUGACAGCUCAGAUGACAGUGAUUUUGAAGUUGGAGAUGCGUCGGGUUCAGAAGGCACUGGCAAUGGAAGUGAUGAGGAGGGUUCAAAGGACAGCACUGCAGGUUCUGAGAGUGACUUUGACGGUGUUGGCUCAGCCGAUGAAGAGGGCGUAGAUGAUGAAGAGGCCAAAGAAUUGAAUGAAGACACUGAAGAAGAGGAGAAACCCAAGGAUCAGUCUUUUUCAGAGGAGACCAGCAGCAAAGAAGCGGUUGGAACCUCCAAGAAUCGCAAAAAAGGAGACAAAUCCUCAGAAACAGAACCAAAUGGUACUGGCACCGCAGAGGAAGGCUCAGUAGAGCCAAAAAAAUGGAACCUACGGCGGAACCGGCCCAUGCUGGACUUCACUACAAUGGAAGAGCUAAACGAAAUUGAUGAUUAUGACAGUGAGGAUGACAAUGACUGGAGGCCCACACAAGGAAAAAAGAAAGGCAAGGCAUCAUCUGGGAAGGAGAAAGAAGGGAGUCAGGAAGAGGAGGAUGGGGGUAGUGAUGAAGAGGACAAUGAGGAUGAUGAGAACGAGACCAGUAGUAGUGAUAGUGAGGAAGAAGGGAAGAAAUCAAAGAGGAAAGAAGGCAAGAGCACAGGGGCGUUUGAUGAGGAGGAGACCAAUGACAGCCACAGCACAUCCCAUGGGAAGGGCAAUGAGGACUCUCUGUUGGAACGGCCCCAGACCUGGAGCUCCCAGCGGAUGGAGCAUAUCCUUAUCUGCUGUGUGUGUCUAGGAGACAACAGCGAAGAUGCGGAUGAGAUCAUCCAGUGUGACAACUGUGGCGUGACCGUGCAUGAAGGUUGUUAUGGUGUCGAUGGUGAAAGUGACUCGAUCAUGAGCUCGGCCUCGGAGAACUCGACAGAACCGUGGUUCUGUGACGCAUGCAAGAAUGGCGUCACACCCAGCUGCGAACUCUGUCCCAGUCAGGACGGCAUUUUCAAAGAAACUGAUGCGGGGAGGUGGGUGCACGUGGUGUGUGCCCUUUAUGUUCCAGGGGUCGCAUUUGGAGAUAUUGACAAGCUGCGGCCUGUAACACUCACAGAGAUGAACUACUCAAAGUAUGGAGCAAAGGAGUGCAGUUUGUGCGAGGAUGCACGCUUUGCUCGCACAGGUGUUUGCAUCAGCUGUGAUGCUGGAAUGUGCCGCUCGUUCUUCCACGUUACAUGUGCACAACGAGAAGGGCUGCUGUCUGAAGCUGCUGCGGAAGAGGACAUUGCCGAUCCAUUCUUUGCCUACUGCAAGCAGCAUGCAGACCGCUUUGACAGGAAAUGGAAAAGGAAGAAUUACCUGGCCCUGCAGUCCUACUGCAAAGUGUCUUUGCAGGAAAGGGAGAAGCAACUCACACCUGAAGCUCAGGCUCGAAUAACCACGCGGCUUCAGCAGUACAGAGCGAAAGCAGAGCUGUCUCGAAACACUCGGCCGCAGGCGUGGGUGCCACGAGAGAAGCUUCCCCGGCCGCUCACCUCUAGUGCUUCAGCCAUCCGUAAGCUGAUGCGUAAAGCCGAGCUCAUGGGUAUCAGCACAGACAUCUUCCCUGUGGACACAUCCGAUACCAGCGCAAGCGUGGACGGACGGCGUAAACAUAAGCAGCCUGCCCUCACAGCAGACUUCGUUAACUACUACCUGGAGCGGAACAUGAGGAUGAUUCAGAUCCAGGACAAUGUCGUGGAGCAGAAGAACCUUAAAGACAAGCUGGAGAGUGAGCAGGAGAAACUGCACGUGGAGUACAACAAGCUGUGCGAGUCUCUGGAGGACCUGCAGAAUGUCAAUGGCCAGUUGAGGACCGAGGGCCAAGCAAUAUGGAGCAUGAUGGGCGGGAUCCUUGGACAGAAACUGAACUCUCCUGCAGUUCUGAAAGCUCCCAAAGAGAGAAAGCCAAGCAAGAAAGAGGGAGGUUCACCAGGGAAGGCAUCAAACCUCCCAGCUAUGCUCUACAGCUGUGGGAUCUGUAAGAAAAACCAGGACCAGCAUCUUUUACUGCUGUGUGACACCUGUAAGCUGCAUUACCACCUGGGCUGUCUGGACCCGCCUCUCACACGCAUGCCGAAGAAGACCAAAAACAGCUACUGGCAGUGCUCUGAGUGUGACCAGGCCAGCAGUGACGAGGCUGACAUCGCCAUGGAGACGUUACCAGAUGGAACCAAAAGGUCCAGGAGGCAGAUCAAGGGGCCAAUCAAAUUUAUCCCUCAAGAAAUGAGCCCAGAGCCCAAGAAGCUUCAAGUGAGAGGGACUAGAACCAGAGGCCAGAAGAGGAAGAGAAUGUCCAUCUGCGAAGAGGAGAAGAUCGAGGAACCGUCACCGCGGGAGCGCAGACAGAGGCAGUCGACUCUGCAGAAAAAGCCCAAAGCUGAUGACACGCGGACCGAGUGCACCACUUGCAAGGGCCCUGGUGACAAUGAAAACCUAGUGAGGUGUGAUGAGUGUCGGCUCUGUUACCACUUCGGCUGUCUGGACCCUCCCCUGAAGAAGUCACCCAAACAAACUGGCUAUGGAUGGAUCUGUCAGGAAUGUGACACCUCUUCAUCAAAGGAGGAAGAACCACAAGAGGUUGAGGAUGAGUCUUUGAAAGAGGAAGGGACUGAGCGGGAGAUCCCAGACUGAAAAACUCUCAAUAUUACCUCACGUGAAGUAAUUGUCUUGUCUACACAGCCACCACCUCAUUUCCUGCUGAAUAGCGGGAUGCAAAAUAACAUUCACAAAUUAAAUCAACAGACGUGAACUGCCA